AUGGACCCUUCAAAGGCGGCCUCGAGCAAUGUGACCGUUGAAUAUACGGACCCAUCUGGAUUGUUCCCUUUGAUCCAGCCUGUCAUCGAGUCGAAGCUCCCCCUGAAGAACCUACACUGGAAAUCGCCUACUCGCCCCGUUCGAUCGAUCGAGUCGCUCCGCAUCGGCUUCUCGCCUGCGCAGACCGAGACCACCGAACAGGAAUCCUCGAACGAUACCACUGGUGCUGUCUCACACCGGCGACACCAAAUUCCCGGUCUGCGACAGACUCCGUAUCUGAAGAUCUACCUCCUCCGCUGCGACGACAAUGAUACCUACAAGGCAACCGCACGAAAGACGCUCCGGGAUUGGAUCAAGGCUCAAGGAUCAUCAAGCUCCUCGCAAUCGAAUGGCAGCAACCAGGAGAAACACGAUGCGUUUGAAUGGCUCAUCCUACACGUGGUACAAGAUGGGGAAGGCGGGGAGAAGACCCCUGCAACUACCUCCAAAUGGGGCCGAAGCACAACCACAGUCCUAGAGAAGGUCAAGGCUGACUUCAACGGGACAUCCAAAACUGCCAUUGACCGUGUGGCGCAGCUACGCCUUCCCAAGGAGGGGACCACUGCCAAGCCGCCUGAGUUGGCCGAUCAGCUGGAGGACCUGAUUGACAAGAUCAAGAACGGAAUACUAGCCUCCUUUGACCUUCGCGUGGCCCAAUAUGAGGAAGACAUCAAGGAGAAAGACUCGCAACGAAAUCUCCCUGGAUGGAAUUUUUGCACAUUUUUUAUUCUGAAGGAGGGCCUUGCGCGAGGCUUUGAGAACGUGGGUCUCUUCGAAGAUGCCCUGCUUGGCUAUGACGAGCUGUCAUUUGGAUUAGAUGCGGCUAUACGAGAUCAAAUGCAAGGAAGCAGCGAGCAGCAUGGUACCACGCUUCUUACUUACAGCAAGAGUUGGGUGGAAACGGCUGAGAAAAUACUCGAAUCUGGAGCGCCCGCCGAUGACGGCGGCGCGGGUGAGACUCCACGCUUGGAACUCCAGCCAGAAGAUUUCCCGCUCAGCGCCACCAAGUUACCAUAUCGAGAGAUGAUUCUGGCCAACAAUAUAUCCAUCUUUGACUUCCGAACAUAUGUUUUUUCUCGACAACUCACUCUGCUUCUCCGAGCUGCGAGAGCUCCGUCACUACACGCAAACGAGCCGAUCAAACGUGACAAGAAACCAGAAGACAUGAUAUUGCUCUCUAAAAUCUGCGCGAGAUCCCUGGAGUUCAUCAGCCUUGCCGCACGCACCCUCCGGUAUGGUCUUGAGUGUGGAUUGAAAGAUGUGGAAAAUAGCGCCAAGCCAGAUGCCAUUAACAACCUCGUGUCCACCUGGGCAUACUCUGCGGCUCUGCAGAUCCUCAAUCAAACGUUCACUCCUAGCCUCGUCAUCCCAGAGUCAUCGUUUCAUGCUGUGGGAGCUUCCGGUGAGGCCACGAAGGCCACUGCGCCGACUGCAGAGAGCCGUUCAGAGGUACCACGCCGGUCAAGCUCAUUGGUAGCCUCGUCCGCAUCUCGCCCUGCUCGUCCGAUGACGCAGGAUCUCUCUGAUACUGCUGGACCGAUGCAACGGCGCUCGACUUUAGACCAUCCAAAACCCGCACCUGGAUCCAUGCAAAGGACUGGUUCCGAGCAGUUGGCGUCGGCGAGAGGAGAGCUUCUCUUGCUGGCUCGGCGUUCCCUCGAGGAAAUUGCCCAGCGACGGGGCUGGUCCGAGAAGUGGAGUGACCUUGGUCUGUUAUUUGAUGACAGCCACCUUUAUGGAGCAGGUGGCCUUGCGGAUGUGUCCCUAGACGACGAGGAACACUCAAAGCAGGAGGCUGCUUCGAAGACAGAACGGUCCUCGUUAGUUGGCAUUGAGUUGUCUGCCCUGAAGGCUGGUUUGAAAUCCAAAGAGGCAUUUUUGUCCGUCUAUGAAGAUCUCACGGACCGUAUCAUUCGCCAUCAGAUGGUCGCAAAUCGUGCUAAUUCCGCAGAGACAGCUCUUGCAGAGAUCGCCAUCCUGCGAUACCGACAAGCCGACUACGAAGCUGCUGCGUCCUAUUUCCACCAAAUGGCCCCCUUUUAUGGUAGCAAGCUUUGGGUAGUUCUAGAAGGAAGCAUGUUGGAGUUGUAUGCCCGUUGUUUAAAAGAACUCAAGCGGAAUGAGGAUUUUGUCCGAGUAAUGCUUCGACUCUUGGCCAAAUUCGCUGCCUAUGCGCAGUCAAAGUUGUCUAUUCGGGAAAAGGCACUAUCUACUCCCCCGUCUAUCUUGCAGUUGGAACAGCUGGCUGGUUAUGUCACCGAUUUGUUCCGUGGUGCGGCCGCCAUGCAAAAGGAUGUUACGGCAUCAUUAGUUGAAUUCUUCGCGGACCUCCGUGUUGACCCUGCCAUUCAACUUUAUAAGGAUACAGAUGGCUUUCAGAUCAAGUUGUCGCUGCGAUUCCUCUUGGGCCCGCAAAUUAAUAUCGACUCUAUCAAGGUUCGGUUGGUCAGCGCCGACAACUCCCAUAAUUCGGAGCAUUGGAUCGAAGCAUCGACCGAUUUUGUGGUCAAGUCGUCAAUGACAACAAUCCUCAUUGACUCCUCGACUACCCUGCAUGGCAAAUACUUUGUUGAUCGCCUGGAGAUGAAGUCCGGUAACAUCAUCUUUUCUUUCAAUAGCGGAAACCACUCGGCGCUGCCAAUUGGCUUCCGGGAAUCCGACGAAGACGAGGAGAUAGAUCGGCGGCCUUAUGUCUAUUGUUACCCUCCACCAGAGGGAUUGCAGGCAAAGGUGGUCUCACCACAUCUGAUCAACCUCGAGGCCAUGCGCACGCUGGAGCUGGAACUCAACAGCGGACGGAAUGAUAUAAAGACCGGCACGAUUCGCGUGCGACCGGCUACCGCGGGCCUUCGGCUUCGAAUCUCAGAAGCCGAGGUUGUGGAAGGCGAGCUAGAUGUGACUGCCAACAACGAGGCUGGUACCAUCGAAUUCUUCCAUCUCCCUCCGCAGAAGUUCGUGCGGCUGCGUAUCCCUUACACGGUGGAAGAGCCAUUCGCGACCCUGUCCGCACGUGCCGAAGUCAGUUAUGAGACUGAUCGGGGCCAAUUUGAUUUUUCAACCGCACACAGCGUUGUGGCAACGCUACCCAUAUCAGUCAACGUGCAGGACAUUUUCAAGGAUGAAUUGCUGUUCUCGCGUUUCACAAUCAGCCCCGCCAUGCUGAUCCCGCUGCGCAUUACGAAUUGCAGCCUGCCCAGCUCCGAUUCAUAUGACGUACAGUCUGGUAUCACAGGCCCCGUGGCUAUGGACGUCUUUCCCAAGCAGCCCGCAUCUCUCCUCUAUCAGAUCCGCCCGUCCGGGGUGAACUCGGCCACCACUGGUCCCGGGGCGCCUCGUAGCCUCCGCCUGCGCGUGGACUUCACCUGCGUGGACGAUGAGUGCCUUGAUGCAGUUGAGAAACUCUUUGAGUCGGCCAUUCAGUCUAGCCCAUUCGGCCAGUAUGCUACCCUGCUUACGUCGCACAUUAUCAGCAGCUUCCGCACUCAGCUAUCCACCUCCGCCAUGGAGGUCAUUGGCCUUGUGCGAGAGGUCGAGAUGCUCCCCUAUCGGAGCGUCCGCUGGGAGGAAUUGUUGGGCGCGCUACAGGGACGCACGGAGGAUGUGCGACAGUGGCUUAUGGCGUGGCAUGAGAGCAACCCAACCAUCCGCCUCCCUGCGCAGCCUUGCAUCCUCACCCGCAGCAUCGUCAUCCCCGUCGACAUCCCCGAGAUUCAGGUCGUGCACACGGCCGAGCUGAAGCUCCCACAGCUCCACCCCGCCAGCUCCGACGCCGGCUCCUCUUCACACGCAGCUGUGGGCCAGGCAAUCACAGCGGAGCUGUACCUUCGCCAUACGCGCCGGUGGUGCUCUCCAGCAAACCAGGAACACGCUGGGCAGCCCCUCGAAUGCUCAUACGAGUUGCAUGCCAAUCCCGAGCUCUGGCUUCUCGGCGGCCGGCGGCGGGGCAACUUCCUCGCCCGCGAGGGCGAGACGACCCGCUUCACCGUGCUGCUUCUGCCCCAGAAACCCGGCCACCUGCUCCUCCCGGGCCUGGAAAUCCGCACUUUUACCCCAGCGCUCCCGCAGCCGCCCGUGUCGCCCUUAGCCACAGAUCCUGUGACCGGAGCUCUAGCGGGGCCGGCCCAACGUCAAUCGAUUGCUUGCGAGGUGGACUACCGAAACCACGGCGAGACGGUCCUUGUACUCCCUGAUCUCCGCAAGACGACGGUCAGUUUGAGCGCUUCGGGUAGCCCGGGUGGCUCGUCGUGGCUGGUGGACUCGGAGCGGCGCGCCGAGGUACACUGA